AUGCUGGCGAGAUGUCGGCAGUCAAUAGAUCGAGGAAAGCAUGCGACAUAUGCCACCAACGAAAGACCACAUGAGAGAAAACGUCCGAAGUAUCUCUCGAACAACCGCCGCGGAAGCAGCUCCAGACAGACAGCUGCUAGCAUCCAUGACGCGACGAUUCAAGACGAACCGACCAUACUGACCGAUCACAUCCGGAGUGACAAUGAAAGUCUCGAAGGGUCGCCGCAGACCUUUGGACACGCCAAUCCGACUUCUUUUCCCAUCAGUCCACAACGACUCGUCUCGAAUACCGGGACACCUUUGGCCACCUAUUCUGAGGUCUCCCCCCGAAGGAUCCUGCCCGUCCCAGAGUAUGUGGCGACGACAGAAAGUCAUGUUGGCAGAAGCGACUAUCUCGGCGACGGCGAUGUCAGGUUUCGGGAAGAGAUGGUGACUGUGGGAAGCCGUCCCUCGAGGCUGUCUGACACAGAUCUCGAACUGCUUCAAGCACAAAAGGCUCUCGAGAUGCCGCAGAGGUCGGUGCGUGCGAGUCUCGUGGAUUCCUACGUGCAAUAUUGCUCUGUGUGGACUCCGAUUGUGGAUACUUCAUUGCUUGAAAGACUUCAAGGCAAUGAAGCAUCACCGCUCUUGCUCAACGCGUUGUUCCUUGCAGGCAGCCGCGUGUCCUUGAGCAAGACCUUGUUGACGAUGGCCGAGGAAUUCUACCGCAAAGCUAGACUGCUAUUCAUGCUGGGCCACGAGAUUGACACGUUGACCUCCAUCAUCGCGGUCACUUUGAUUCAAUGGUACAAUCCGACUGGCCCAGAGCACAUAUCAACAAGCACAAGUGGCUUUUGGAUUCGUAUUGCUGCCGGUAUGGCGUACCAAGUUGGAUUGCACAGAGAACCAGUUGCGCAGAAGGACAAGGAGCUGCGACGUAGGUUGUGGUGGUCCAUAGUGUCUAGAGAUGACAUUAUCUCAAUCGGCACAGGAAGGCCGAGAACCAUCAACUUUGCGGAUAGCGACGUCUCUCCUCCGACCGUUCUUGAUUUUGCAGUGCAAGGUGCAAAGGCACGACUGUUUGUGGCAUUCUCUCGCAUCAUCCGCUUGCUGGCAGAUUUGACAGAGCAUAUCCGACGCAAAACACUAACAAGAACGACACGAACCAAUCUUGAAAACGCCCUCUACCGUUGGGCCAAAGAGUUACCUGACGAACUCCGGCUUUUCCAUGGAUCCCCGAAAAGAUUGCGAGCAUACAACUUCGAAGCUCGACAGUUGCUGGCCCCUUAUUUUGUGACGAUAGUCAUUUUAGCCCGGCACGAGGCAUAUCGUAAUCAAUCCGCCUGUGCCUCGUUCGUCGCGUCUUCAUUUGUGGUGGGUAUCUUUGAAGAUUUCCUCCACCGGGGAGAGCUUUGCCAUUGUGGACCAGUCUUUACAUUCUAUGGCUUUGCGGCCGGCCUGGCGCAGAUUCCGGCACUGCAGUACAGAUCACUUGCUCCAACGGCCAAAGAGUCAUUGUCCAUUAUUCGAUCCUCCCUGGUGGAACUGAAGGGCAGAUGGGGAUCUGCCGUGGGUGCUCUGGCGGCAUUGGAAGAGAUGCAAAGACUUACAGAGCGACACCCAUUCAUUGGCGACGCACCUGAGCAGCAGUCACGAGACUUGAUGACAUUUUUCGACGAUUUUGGUCCAGAAAUAUGCAAACAGCAUUUUCUCCUGGGGCAGACUUUCGAUCCCACCGAGACUAAUUUUCCUCCCAGUCAUCCUGAUACUAAUUUUAACCCAAGGCAAUUGCAACAAGAUCAUGAUGAUAUGGAGAGCUCGGUCAAUAUGCUGGACCAAAAUCAUCGGUUCGAUUUGCACAGUGCCGAGUCCAUGCUCCUACCCCAUGGCGAUUUGUUCUUUGACGACCUGGAUCCAGCUGGAAGUUGGAUGGAGGAUCUGGGACUUGGGCUUCCAAGUUAUUGAAAAUCACAUAGGUACUCCUGAG